CUGCUCCUGCCAUUGAAUCUUCUGGGUCAGUGCUGGGAUUUUCCUGACUUGGUGGGAGGUGUAUUCUGCCCAAGGGGAGGCCGCAUCCUGGCAAGAGCUGGAGCUGGAGCUGGAUUCCAAUGUGCUAGCUGUUUUUGGGACAGAGAGUUUUGCCUAAUUAGGGUGACUUAGCCUUGGCUCUUGCAGUCAGCACGGGAACUGAUUUCUUUUUGUGAAAAUGUUCGUUAGAGAACCGUGUCCUUACUCUCACCUUCUGAUCAAUAUCUGAAUUAAAACAGAGAUGAAUGCGCUGGAAUUCAGUUGUAGAAUUUAAACUCAGAUAGCUCAGUCAUAUCUCUGGAUUCCUUUGCUCUGAAUAACGUUUUUUUCUUCGAUGCCAUCUCCAUCACCAUUACCUUUUUUGGUACUUUCUUGGCAUUCCACCUUUCCAGUUGUCAUUGCAGCAGGCUGAUUUUAAUCAGCAGGAAGUUAUUUUCGACUUCUCUUUUCAUUUGUUUUCCUCCCAUUGUCAAGCCACAGGAAUCAACGGCAGUGUUUUCCUCUUGGAUGUAUGUGCCGCAGAGCUGGGGAAAAGUAGCCUAUGGCUCUCUCUUUCUAAAAGCAACAAACAGAUGAAUAAAACAUACUGAGAGAGCCAGAACAACUGACAGAGCGGUGAGGUGGAAUCUGUCCUGCUCUCGCUCUCGGUGAGGGGGGCGGGUUACACUGACCGUAGGAAGCGUUGCGGUGUCCUGUGAUUCCGCCCCUGCGUCAGGGCCCCGCCAGGUUAUGAUCCCCCUCAGCCACCGAGUCCAGGAGCCAUGCCUGUGCCUGAGAUGGCAGUGAGCCCGGUCAAGUCCCUGUACUGGGAGGUGUUCCCCCCGAUGCCCACGCGGAGGGUCUACUGCACCCCUCUCUUCCAGGAUGGGCUGCUGUACGUGCUGGGGGGCUGCAGCGAGACUGGCCUGCCGCUGGACACCGCUGAGGCUCUGGACGUCACGUCCCAGACCUGGACUCAGCUGCCCCCGCUGCCCACAGCCCGAGCAGGGGCGGCCGCGGUGACACUGGGAAACCGGCUGCUGGUGAUCGGAGGCAUGGAUGCUCAGCAGAGCCCUCUAUCCUCGGUGGAGAUCUACAACCCCGACGAAGGCAAGUGGGAAAGGAAGGCCAGUCUGGGACAGCCCUCCAUGGGAAUCACCUCUGUGGAGAAGGAUGGAAAGGUGUAUGCAUUGGGGGGCAUGGGCACAGACACGACCCCCCAGGCGUUGGUGCGCGUCUACGAACCAGCCAAAGACCAAUGGCAGCCGCUUCCCUCCAUGCCCACUCCCCGCUACGGCGCCGCCUCCUUCCUGCGUGGGAACAAGAUAUACGUGCUGGGUGGGCGCCAGGGCAAGCUGCCUGUCACAGCCUUUGAAGCCUUUGACCUGGAAGUGAAGAGCUGGACACGUUUCCCCUGCAUCCCCAGCCGGCGGGCCUUCGCCAGCUGUGCCGUGACCGACCGCUGCUUCUUCAGCCUGGGCGGCCUUCAGCAGCCCGGCCCGCAUAACUUCUACUCACGGCCUCACUUCGUCAGCACCAUGGAGGAGUACGACACUGAGCUGGGUGUCUGGAUCAAACCCACACGGGCCUCUCGAAUGAGGGAAAAGAGGGCAGACUUUGUGGCUGGUUGCCUGGGUGGAAGGGUCAUUGCCGCGGGGGGCCUAGGUAACCAGCCAUCCCCCCUGGCCUCGGUGGAGAGCUACAACCCGGUGAAGAAGCGCUGGGAGUAUGCCGCCCCCCUGCCCAGUCCCCGCUGCUCCUGUGCCAGCCUGCAGACCCCCCACAUGCUCUUCCUCAUCGGAGGCGUGGCGCAGGGUCCCAGCAAUGCUGUGGAGGCCCUCUGCCUGCGGGAGACUGUGUGACGUGCCCGCAGACGGACAGGCAAACUCGGCCGGACAGAGCAGUGACCGCACGCCAAAACAGCGCUGUGCUCCGCGUUCCACCGCCCUCCCCCAGCUCAUCCCAGCCCACCAAAGACUGACACCGCAUCCGAAUAAAUGGAGAAGCACUGAACAUUAUGUCUUUUUGCUUUUUCAGAGUGCGGCUUAUCUGCAGAAAACAAGGAGAACUGUCUGCCAUUUUGUCUGCCCAAUUCUCCAACCUUUGGAGGAAUCAGAACAGAAAUACAAGCAAAAAAAACAAUACACUAAAGACGCCUUGAACUGUACAGUUGAUUUCACAAUCAAAGCAGGGUACUCUACUGAAAAAAGGAACUUAGGGCCAUAAAUGCAAAGCCACUGCAGUACCUGUUUGCAGUAGCAUAUUUAGCACUUUUAUUUUCUAAAAGACAGAGAGAUAAUACAAGGAUUUGGUUUAUAUUUUACCUCUGCAGAGAUGCAUGUGGGAAAACAGCACUGUUUUUAUUGUGGAAUGAGACUGACCUCACAAUGAACACUUGAAUGAACACAUGGCCACCUGUUACGGAUUAGAACACUGACUGCUGGAGGAGCAAUGCAUGCAUGGUAGAACUGCAGCACAGAAUGACGGCUAGAACCCUCUCAUUUAAAAAAAAAGACAACUACUUUCAGAAUUCAACAUUCGAUAUUCAGAAUUCAGUCGCCUACACACUGUUUCACACACACAUGCACACACACACACCUUUACGCACAUGUUACCUCAGAGUUUAAACCCUCAUCAUAAAUUAAAGCCCUUUUGGACAUGUAACCAGCCAGUGCUUGUGCUGGUGACCAUGGCAGCAUUCAUCGAACCCUUGGUGUCUCCUUGGUGAGAAUGAAAAAAGGGGUCACGAGUUGUGUUUUUAUUGCAGGGGAUGAAGGGCAGGGUCAGCCCGCCGUAGCCUAGAGCAUCCUAUUAUACGAUCUCACGGCCUGUCACAUCCUGUGCAUCAGCGCUAGGAGUGAUGAGGCAGAGCACAUGAGCAGUUUACCUGCUGCUGUGGUAAUGGGAAAGCAGAGCCAGGGCUGAGACUGGACACAGCAGUGGAUCAAACGCAUGGCAGGCCUCUGUCUCACCUUCCUUCCUCCUUGCCAAUUAGGAAAGCUUAACUUUUGAA